AUGGCGGCACCUUGGAAAGUGCAUGCCGCAAGGACACUCCUGGUGGUCUUUCUAUUGGGGCACAGCAUUGCGUCAGGUUCUACCGUUGGCGAUGCCAGCACGUUCGACCAGCUCUUGGUUCUAGACUGCCAGGCGCGCCUCCACCUCUUCCCCUCCCACCACUUUGCCACGUCAUCAGUGGUCGCGCUCAGCCCCAGCCUGCAGACCUUUGUGAAACAGGGCCUCUUUGACACGGUUAACGCGAUGGUCAAGCGUCGGGCGCAGUGUCACUGUCCGGCGCUCUCCGAUGCGCAGUUCCAGGCCAGCUUUAAGCUGGACCCCAGCAGUAUCAUUAGCGCGGUUUCGGACGGCAGCUUGGCUGGCAACCUGGGAACGGUCUGCAAUACCGCGGACACGACCUUUGUCCGAAGCUGGUCCGCACUGUGGACUGAAUUGGGCAGCCUGGGCCAGUGGCCGAAGUCCACGUGCAGCGCUGCCACGUGGCAGCAGGGGAAUGGCUGCAAGGUGGAGCUGCCGCUGGAUCCGCAGGCAACGCUGCAGGUGGGCAUCAACUCUUGCCCUGGCCAAGCCCUGCCGUUCGUCUCCAUCAGCUGCCGCGGCGCGCGCUGCCGCAACCUCGCCCGCCCGUGCGCCACGUCCGCAGAUUGUCAGCGCCUCUCUCAGGCUCCCGGCACCCCCGCCAACGCGGCAUAUGCCGGCCUGAACCAGCUCGACGCCAGCACGGGCUUGCAGUGCGCGAUCCUGAACCCCGCGAGAGACGACUCGUUCUGGGCGCAGAGGGGGAUCCCCCCGACCAACGCGACUUACGUCAGCGGAAUCCUGGUGGGCUUGCUGGAGUCGGUGGGGCUGUACACGCAGACGGAUCUGGACAACGGGCGGUGCGGCGCGAGCGGGCCGGAAGUGGCGGGGAAGAUGUGGGCGCGCGCCCUGCAAUACCUGCAGAGCCUGUACCGGACGGACACGGCCGCCACUCCGGACGGGUUAUGCGUGCCUUCGGCGCUGGUUACGGACAUUGCGGACAGAGUCAAGCUGCCCGCUCCCGCGCAGACGUGCAAGAACGUGACGGCCAUGUGUGAAUACCCCCAGUACCCGCUGGUGACGUCAGCGAUCAGCUGUGACGCGUGUUACGCCAACCCCUACGUCAGCACCAGUCUGACCACGUACAAGACCGCCCUCCCGAGCAACUACUGGGCGUCGAACAGCGCCCCGGGGGAGGUCGUUUGGUGGAAGAACCGCACCGUCUGCGUCGCGGCCGACGGCCUGGGGGGGUUCACCGAUGGGACGGCGGCCCCCCCGGGAGGGUUCAAUUCGAAAGACACGGGCAAUACGCGCAAGUGCAAUAUGACGGCGUACGAUUUGCAGCCGUGCGGGGCCGAUGAGUGCGCGGGCCAGAGCGACUGCCUGGACAGCGCGCAGUUCUGCGGCGACUCACCGGACGACAUCCAAGCCCCCCCGCCGGCCUCCCCCACCGCUUCCACCUCUUACGAAUUCGGCCUCGACCAAAUUCCGGGCUACCCAAUCGCGUGGGGGGGCAAGCUAGAGGACGGCACCCCGGUCUUCGACCCCCCCCGGAAAGAUGGAACCGCUUUCCGGCUCCCCCAGGAAACGUGCGCAUCCCCGGCCGGCGCCCUCCCGGUUCUUCGCUUGUCGUGCGGACGUCCGAGCUUGCAGCUUACGCCCAUGAGUCCGAUCGCUGUCCGGAUUGCGCUGCCGGACCUGCAAGGGCUGCUCACCACCGUGCACCAACAGCUGCUGACGUGGCUCGUCGGCUGUCGCCUGGGCGGCCCCGCGGUCCCCGCCGGCCAGGUGCGCGCGUGGUUCGACGCGUGGCAGCCCGACUUCUGGUCGACGCUCCUUUUUUCGGGGGGGCAUCAGUACGCCGUACAGCACUUUCUGUCGCUGGCCAGCCCCUGGAGCGUCAUGCGCACCGCCAUCACGGCCGCGACGCCGGGCACGUGGCCCAGCCUACUGGCCAUGCCCGCCGGUUGUACCCUCGCCGACUGGAUGACGUCAGGCACGUGCCGGCUGCAGUUUUCGGGGUUGCGCGCGAUGCUCGAUAGAGACGUCACGCUGCGGGCCGUGAUCACUAGGUGCCCGGCAUUCCCGGAAGGCCUCCCCGACGUGUACCUCGACUGUGUCGGCGCUGACUGCACAACUGUGUUCCAGCCUUACAGCCUGACGGCGUGCGACUCCGACUCCGCUUGCGGCGCCAACACCCGCUGCGUGCAACUCUUCAACUCCACGGACCCCCUCGCAAACCUCCUCUGGCUCCCGGACGGUGUGAACGCGUCCGCAUUGAAUUCGGACACGUGCGCCAGCCCCAGCGCAUUUAUUACGGACGUCCAAAACCUGGUCCGGACCGCCGCCGGACUCCCGGUCGCUCCAACCGGGCAGCCCCAGGGGAGCGGCGUCUGCAUGCCUGAUCUGCUAAAGCUGGUUAACGGUGCUAACCUAACCUGGUUCGACGCCCAGUUAAACACGAGCGGGUUAACCGGGCAGACGAGUGUGAAUGGGCUCGCGGAGUACGCCAAGCUGGCGGGCGAGCAGGGCCACCCGUGCGGGGAUGACGUCAUGAGCCAGCUGUCGGCGACGUCAUUCUCGCUGGUAGUGACGUUGACGGUCGGCGGGCCGUCGGCCGCAGGGUUUGGCGCGACGCAAAAGGGGCAACUUGCGAACGCGGUUGCAAAGAUGGCCGGCGUUCCGUCCGAGCAGGUGGGCAUCCUGUCCGCGUCGGACGUCGUCCUGUCCGCGUCCGACGCCCGCCGGCGCGCCCUGCUGACGUCAGCACCGACCGGCACGUUCCUCCAGGCUGACGUCGGUGUCCAGGCGGGCAGCUACGUGGCAGCGCUCGCACUCGCGGACGCCGUGCGCGCGUCGGAGGCGUCAGGGGGCGCGGCCGCGUCCGUAGCCGCGUCCGGGCUGACGGGGUAUGACGUCAUCAGCGUCGCGUUGAGCGUGCAAACGAACGUCGCGCUGGAGCCUCUCAAGGCUGCUGGGAUGGCAGGGAGGGCCGCCUGGGGAACCGUGGCCGUUGGCAUCAUUUUGAGUUUGCUUCACGCGUUGAUAUAAAUGUCCAGUUGUCAAACACCAAAGCGUGCAAAGAUUAGCUUUCGCGUCCAGCGCUGUGCAAUUAGUCGAUAGUCCUUAAUGGGGGGUUCAUUGAUUGAAAGAUCAGUCACUAACGAGAUUCUCAGCAUCACCGUACGUCUGAAUUGAUCCUGCCAUACCAGUUGAGCUCGUAUCGAAGUAGAAUAGUGUAGCCGCCUAAGCUACCUUGCCGGAAGGCACAUGCAAGACUUUGAUUACGUACGAUCGAAGUUUGCGCUCACUGCAG